CAUAAUAAAAUUCUUUUCCACCCCCUCCAACAACAACAACUAAAAAAAAAAAAAGCUAAAACACAAUCACACAAAAAAUGGCUCAUCUAGUUAAACCUCUGCUAAAUCUCCCAAAAUGGCACCACUAUUUAUACCUUCGCGCCUCUUUCGUCCACCUAAUUCAACAGCAAUCUCCACUCUUCUCCACCAACAAUCUCCGUCAACCGCCACCGUCCACGUCAUCACCUUCCGCUCUCCAGCAAGCUCAUUUUCGCUCCGGCGCCGCACUUAAGUCACGUGAAAGUCAAUUGCCGUUGGAUCCAUCGGAGAGCGAAAGCGAUUCCGAUGGCAAAAUUAGGAAGAGUCGUAAUGAGAAGAAGCGUGAAGCUCGACGCGCUGUCCGGUGGGCUAUGGAUUUAGCUAAGUUCUCUCCACCUCAAAUUAGGCGCAUUUUAAGAGUGGCUUCACCGGAGCAAGAGGUAUAUGAUGCAGUUAUGCUGGCCAAGAGACUAGGUCCUGAUGUACGAGAAGGAAAGCGUAGGCAAUUCAGUUACAUAGGCAGAUUAUUGCGAGAAGUUGAGCCUGAAUUGAUGGAUAGCUUAAUUCAGGCAACAAAAGAUGGAGACCAAACUAAAUUUCAGUCCUUAUCCGGUUCGGAACUUUCAGCUACUGAAGAUGUUGAUGAAGAAGUUGAAGAGACUGAAUCUGAGGAUGACGAAGAGGAUUCUGAAGACGUUACUGUUUUAGUCGACAGAUGGUUUGAUGGCUUGAUCAAUAAGGAUGUUAACAUCUCUAAAGAAAUCUAUUCUCUAACUGAGUUUGAUUUUGAUCGCCAGGAGUUACGUAUUCUUGUUAGGAAAGUACAAUCAAUACGAGAAAAAGGGAGCAAUUCAGACGAGGAGGAAGGAAAAGUAAAUAGAGAUAUUGUCCGUGCAGAAAGGUCUCUCACUCGUUUCCUUCGAGACCUAGUGAAGCAGCUUCACAGCUGAAUAGAGUAUCUGAUUCAUGUGGGAGCGUGUACUCCAUACUGGCCAUCAGUAGAUCCUCAAGAAGCACAUUUAAGUGUAUUACUUCCUAGUACAUGCAUGUACUUAUCCUGAAUUUAGAUCUCAUUUGUCUACCCUCGCGGGUUUGUGGGCUGGGGGAAGCGGGGGGGGGGCGGAGAUUGUCCUUCUUCCUGUAGAUUAACAUCCAUUGUCUAAUACCAUAAGCCAUGAUUUUUUGUGUGGCACACUAGUACUGUACCGGAGUCUUUUAAGUUAAAAACGUUGAAAAUUUUGCAUAAUCUUUGGCUGAUAGAUGAGAUGGGGAUUGAGAGAUUGUUUGUCUUUACUGAAAACUAUAAUGAAAGAAUCUUGUAGUUUCGAUAUG